ACCAACACCAACACCAACACCAACACCAACACCAAAACCAACACCAUCAUACAAUACCAAUAGUUAAGGAUGGGUAAGAGAAAGUCGUCGGCUCGUAAGCCCGUUAAGAAAGUUAAACAAGUAUUAGAUACUACAUUUACAUGUUUGUUUUGUAAUCAUGAGAAGUCAGUCAUUUGUACAUUAGAUAAAAAGAAUUCAUUAGGUGAAUUACAUUGUAAGAUUUGUGGACAAAGUUUUCAAACUACGAUAAAUUCUUUGUCGCAACCAGUUGAUAUAUAUUCGGACUGGAUCGAUGCGUGCGAAGAUUUAGCGGAAGAUGCUGAUGUAGGUGGUGAGGGCGAACAAGAUGAAGGACAAGAAUAUAGUGAUGAUGAUUUCGAUAAUGCUAGACCAGUUAGAGGUGGUGUUGUUGGAUCUGAUGAAGAAGAUGAUGAUUAUUAGUAAUUCAAUCUGUACUGUAAUUUUAUACCAUAGGAAAAACACACUUGUAAUAUACAAAAAUCUACAUAAUACAAAAUACAAAAUACAAAAUACAAAAUACAAAAUAUAAA